AUGGCAGUUUACUCCACUCCAUUUACUCUGCAUCACAACAAUCUUUGCCUUCAAAACCAUCCAAUUGUUGCCUUAAAUCUUCACCACCAUCGUCGUUUCUCAACCAUAAUCAAGUACGUAAAUUCUUCCAAACCCAACCAUACAACUUCCAUCUGUGUUCCUGAACACGAAUUAAUGUUAAUGAAUGUUGCCACUGUCCUCCAUUCACUGGAUUUAACCAACCCAGAUCAGUGUGUUCAGUCCUACGCUUUAAUUCUUAGAAACUGUCGCAAACUCCAUAAUCUGCAACUGGGUUUACAACUUCAUGGACAUAUGAUUGUCACUGGAGUCGACUUAUGUGAGUUUCUUGGGAGUCAGUUAUUGGAAUUUUAUUGCAAGCUUAGUACUGUUGAUGACACACGCAAGUUGUUCGAUGAAAUGUCUGAGAGAAAUGUGUUUAGCUGGACUUCAGUGAUUGGGCUGUAUUCUGAACUGGGUGACUAUGAGGAACUCAGGGAUUAUAAGUCUGGGAAGGAUGUGUAUGAUUACAUGACAUCCAUUGGGUUUGAAGGGAAUAAUUAUGUCAAAAGGGCUUUUCUUGACAUGUUUCUUAAAUGUGGAAGGAUGGAUAUUGCAAGACGGUUGUUCGAGCAGAUGGAUUCAGUUGAUGUUGUCAUGUGCAACAUGAUGGUUUCCGGGUAUGUGUCAAAACGGGACUUUGAAAGAGCAUUGAGGUAUGUUGAUCAAAUGAGGCUUAAAGGUGUCAUGCCUGAUCGUGUUACGUAUAACACAAUCCUUAGUGGUUUAGCUCAAGUUGGACGGUUCAAAGAGGCUGCCAAAUAUUUCUCGAAAAUGGAUGGGUUUGGAGAACUAGAACCAAAUAUCGUGUCUUGGACCGCAAUAAUAACAGGGAAUAUGCAGAAUGGAAGUCCCUCUCGAGCGUUGAAUAUAUUCAGGAAAAUGAUAAACAGAGGAAUAAAGCCAAACUCGACAACCAUUUCUAGUGUUAUUUCUGUGUGUACCAACUUGUGUUUGGAAAGACUUGGCAAGGAGAUUCAUGGUUAUUGCAUAAAGACAGAAGAACUGGAUUCGAACCUUGUUGUGAACAAUGCGCUCAUUGACUUCUAUUCUAAAUCCCAGAAUGUAAACAACGGGGCAAGAAAAAAUUUCAAUAAAAUUCAACAUAAGGAUUUGGUGUCAUGGAAUUCUAUUCGUGCUGCCUAUGCUACGAAAGGUUGUCGUGACGAUGUGAUUAAAUUGCUUUACGAAAUGGAGUUGCAAGGAUUUUUACCCGACGUUAUCACGUGGAACGGAUUAAUAACACGCUUCACUCAAUACGGUGAUGGUAAAACUGCUCUAGAAUUCUUUGCUAAAAUGUGCCAGCUCGGUGUUUCACCCAACACGACGUCUAUAUCUGGAAUCUUGACGGCUUGUGCACAAUCGAAGAAUUUAAAAAUGGGGAAAGAGAUUCAUAAUUACACAAUUAGGAAUGGAAUUGAAAUGGCCACGGGUGUCAGGAGUGCUCUCAUAGCAAUGUACUCGGGAUGUGAUGAUCUAGAAGCUUCUUACGCCGUCUUUAACGGGCUUUUAACAAAAGAUGUUGUUAUGUGGAAUUCACUUAUUGCUGCUAGUGGUAAAAGUGGGUUUGGAGUUGGUGCCUUAGAUUUAUUGCGAGAAAUGAAACUAAACAAUGCUCAACCAGAUUCAGUCACCAUGAUUUCGGUUCUGACUGCGUGUUCGAAGCUUGCUGCUUUACGCCAAGGAAGAGAGAUUCAUCAGUACAUAAUUAGACAUGGACUUGACUCGAGUAACUUUGUAUGCAAUGCGCUUAUUAACAUCGGUGCUAUCUAUAAAAGCCGUCAAGUGUUUGACUUAUCAAUUGGUCAAAGAAGAGACAUUGUGUCAUGGAAUGUGAUGAUUGCAGCAUAUGGAAUGCACGGGUUUGGUACAGAAGCUCUGAAACUAUUUAAACACAUGACAGUUGAUGAGGGAACAAGACCAAAUCAUGUAACUUUCACGAAUCUCCUUUCAGCGUGUAGCCACUCGGGAUUAAUAACCGAAGGGUGUGAUUUGUUCGACUUAAUGAAACAAGAAUACGCGUUGGAACCAGAUAUGGAGCAAUACGCGUGCAUGGUAGAUCUAAUGGCACGUUCUGGCCAAUUAUCAGAAACACUAGAGUUCAUUGAAAAGAUGCCUUUUGAAGCUAAUGCUGCUAUUUGGGGGUCACUACUGGGCGCGUGUAGAAUCCAUUUGAAUCUUGAAAUGGCAGAACAUGCUGCAAGAUUCCUGUUUGAACUCGAACCUGAAAGUUCUGGUAAUUAUAUACUUUUAGCCAAUAUUUAUUCGAGCUUAGGGAGAUGGGAAGAUGCUUCGAGAAUAAGGUGUUUGAUGAAAGAGAGAGGUGUGACAAAAUCCCCUGGAUGUAGUUGGAUUGAAGUUGGUAGGAAAGUUUAUAGCUUUGUUGUUGGAGACACUUCACAUCCUUUUAUGGAUCAAAUUUCUGCAAAAAUGCAAAGUUUAUAUACUAAGAUAAAAGAAAAGGGGUAUGUUCCGGACACCAAGUUUGUGCUGCAAAACAUGGAAGAAGCAGAGAAAGAAAUGAUCCUAUACGGACACAGCGAAAAGCUUGCUUUGGCAUUUGGUUUGAUUAGUACAUCAGGUUCGAGUCUGCGAAUUAUUAAGAAUUUGAGAGUAUGUGGAGACUGCCAUUCAGCAAUGAAGUAUAUAUCUGCAGUUGAGAAGAAGGAGAUCAUUAUGAGAGAUAAUUACAGAUUUCAUCAUUUUGUUGAUGGUGUAUGUUCAUGUGGGGAUUAUUGGUAAUCAGGCGAUUUGACUUGACUUGACUAGACUAGACUAGACUACACUAGAGGUGUGGGGGCUGUGUAUAUGUGCUGUGUGAAUUCUUUUGUGUAUUUAUUAUCAUGUUGAAGGUAAGAAAUCCCAAACACUCUAAGAAAA